AUGCCAAACGAUGAAGCAGAGCAGGAUCGCCUCGAUUUGGUGCAUCAUAUGCUUUCUGUGAUUCUCAACGGAGAGCUAUUCCUCGCGCCCGUCAAGAAUCCCCAAACCAUUUUGGACUUGGGAACGGGUACAGGUAUUUGGGCGAUAGAUGUUGCUGAUCAGUUUCCCACGGCCAAGGUUAUCGGGAAUGACCUGAGCCCCAUCCAGCCAUCUUGGGUUCCCCCAAACGUCGAAUUUGUUGUCGAUGAUUUCGAGAAUGUAUGGAUGCACGAUCGGAACUACUUCGAUUAUAUUCAUGCUCGCACAAUUUCAGGUUGUGUUCAAGAUUGGGAACGUUUAAUGAAACAAGCCUACGACCAUCUGAAACCAAACGGAUACUUCGAAUGUGCCGAGUUCGUCAUAGACGCUUUCAGCGACGAUGGGACAUUCAAACAAGAGUCACCUUAUCGAGAGUAUAUCGACAACCUCAAUGAAGCGGGUGAGAUCACAGGAAGACCAAUGAAUGUUGCCACAUCUCUGCAGGCUUGGAUGAAGAAAACUGGGUUUAAGGGUGUGACUGAGGCGGUCUACGCACUUCCGUAUGGGCUAUGGCCUAAGGAUCCUCACCUUAAGGAAAUUGGCAAAUGGCAAUAUGCGCAGGCCCCAGAGGGCGUGGAGGCAUACGGUCUUCGUCUGUACACACAGGUGUUGGGAUGGCCAGAAUCCGAGGCGAAGUUGCAUCAGGCUCUUGUGAAGCAGCAACUUCGUGAUAGGUCUUUACAUAUUUAUGGGAAGCUAUAUGUCGUUUAUGGUAGGAAGCCAGGACCAGAAUGA